CCAGCCCAGCCUCAGUCCGCACAGCCGCUGGCCACGUCUCAAAACACGGCGACACCGGGCAGAGGCUCCGAGCUGCGGGAGGAGAGGACUGAGCACUGGCUCCGGCUCCUGGCACCACGACCGAGAACACGGCUGAAGCUCACCUUCACCUGUCUGUAGCCUGGGAGAUAAUGAUAAGAUAAGAUAUUAAACCUAAAGGUAAAGUCUCCCUUUCUAUUCUUACAGCUGAGGGAACACACAGCUCCACAGAGGGUGAAGAUAAAAAGCUCCACAUAAAGCAGCAGAAAGAUCGUCGGCCAUGAUGCCCCGCUGCAGAGUGAAUCUCAGCACCAUGAUCUUCCUGGUCAUCCUCCAGGGGGCGGCGGUGGUGCUGUUCUGCGGCUGGUACGUCCAGCUCAGCCCCUGCGGCUCCCCCCCCUCCAAUGGCGGCAAAGUUCAUGUCCUGCUGCUGUCCUCCUGGAGAUCAGGCUCGUCUUUCGUGGGGCAGGUGUUCAGUCAGCACCCGUCUGUCUUCUACCUGAUGGAGCCAGCGUGGCACGUGUGGACCAAGCUGCAGAAGCACGGGGCGCGGGCGCUGCGCAUGGCGGUGAGGGAUCUGUUACGGAGCGUGUUCCAGUGCGACAUGUCUGUGAUGGAGGCCUACAUGCCGGAGCAAAUCAACAUGUCCUUUUUGUUUAUGUGGAGUCACAGCAGAGCGCUGUGCUCACCGCCGGCCUGUCCUCUCACCCCCCGCAACCAGUUCAGCAACCAGACCCAGUGCUUCAAGGCCUGUGAUGCUCAAGGCCUGCAGGGGGCCAAGGACGCCUGCGGCAGUUACAGUCAUGUAGUACUAAAGGAAGUGAGAUUCUUUGAGCUAGAAUCCCUCUACCCGCUGCUGCAGGAUCCAAACAUAGACCUCCGCAUCAUCCACCUGGUCAGGGACCCGCGGGCCGUGGUGCGGUCCAAAGAGGCUUCAGCCAACGCCUUCGUGUACGAUAACUCUGUGGUCUUGGAGCAGAGGAACGUCCCAGCGGCAGAGGUGCAGUACCAGGCCAUGCAGGAGAUCUGCCGUAGCCACGUGCGCAUUCAUGAGAGGGCCAUCCUGAAGGCCCCUCCGUUUCUGAAAGGCCGCUACAAAAUGGUGCGCUACGAGGAUGUGGCGCGCAACCCUCUCGACGAGAUAAACGCCAUGUAUGAGUUUGUAGGUCUAGAGAUGACCGAACAGCUGCAGGAAUGGAUCUUCAAGGUGACGCACGGAAAAGGCAAAGGCUCCAAGAAAGAUGCCUUCGAAAUCUCGUCACGAAACGCCGCUGACGUCUCGCAAGCUUGGCGCACCGCGCUGCCUCACAGCAAGGUCAAACGCAUCCAGGAAGUGUGUAAAGGGGCCAUGUCGUUGCUCGGGUACAGAACGGUUAACAGUGAAAAAGAACAGAAGAGGCUUGACAUAGAUCUACUCGUGCCCCGGGAACCGUAUCAGUUCAGCUGGUUGCCAGCUAAGACAGAGCAUCCCGAUAAUGCUUAAAUUACCUUCUGUUUCUGAAUAGCGAAGACACCAAAAGACUACACUGGACUGAAGUCCAUGUUCUUCAUAGUCUUUAAUAAGUGCUACAACUGAGGGAACACUGGCCUGAUUUCCCUGGUUAAAGCUUUGAUUUGUCAGUAGAGUGAUGGGAUUUAAAUGUAAAAUGACAGAACAGCAAUAUUGAAUGCAAGGGCCAACAAAUAAUGCCCCGGCCACACGAGGACGAAAACGGCUAAACGCAUAGGAUUAACGCAAACGCAAUCGCAAAAAAGCUUCCGUCCACACCAUAGGUCCACACGCAAUAGUCAUCCGGAUA